AGACUUAACUAAAUUGAAAGAAAAACACAAUGAGUAGAGAUCACAGGAAGAUUUCGCGAUCUGUAGAAGAACGUAACAUCCACGCUUCCACCACGCGGGUUUCGCAAAUUUCACAGACAGACAACGAAUUGAAACAGAAGUUACAAGCGAUCGAUACUUCUUACAAGAUAUCGAACAAACGCAUUAGGAAUGAAACUCGCGAGUUAAAGGAAAUUCUGUACGGGUUACAACGAGAACUGCAGGUAUCAAAAGGAGAGAAUCACGGACAGUAUAUUCCUUCUUUCAUUGAACAACCUCAACGACGCACGCGAAGAACGACAGUCCCAUCUGAGGAACGGAGAGAUGUUGUCAAUGCCGAUGUAGUAAGGCGAAGGAGUGGAACCCAUCCACCAAGUUCACACACACAAGGCAACAAGAAAGCUCGAGACGAUUUAAAUGAUGGGAAAAGUGCGGGAAAAGUGUCAGAAGAAGGAAGAGAGGAGAGAACAACAAAAGUACAAGAGGUUAGCGUAUGGAAAAACGAUGGAUUUCCUUCACGCACACUGAAUGAAACAAUCCUCUCGAGUCGAAUCGGCGGUGAACAAGCAUUUCCUGCGAAAUAUUCGCCCAGAGAGCAACAACAAGGCGAAAGAAAGAGGUCGACAAAUGACGCAUUUCGCGGUAGAUUUGUAACGAACACUGCUAUCAGCUCUCUGGAUUCGAGCAUACCAAGUUCAAACCGGAGAACUUCACAAACACAACAAAAAUCGGAGGGAGGUAGAAUUUCUGUACGGCCGAGUCCGAACAUUUUCGAAGACAUUUCAUCGGGAAAUCAAAGAGAACCGAGAAAGAAGAGUAUUCCCUGGAAGAAGAAGGACAGCCUUAAUGUGGGAACUCGGGAAGACAGUCCGAUGGGGGUUCCCCCUGGGAGACAUGACCCGCACGAUGCGGAGGUCGUAUUCGAUGCUCUUCCAGAUUAUCUCGGAGGUCGGAGAUUGAGUGUUGCUCAUGGACGGGUACGGAAAGUAUUUCGGGGGACUGGACUUCCCCCUCUAAAGGAAGAGACAGUUGUUCAGAAGGAAAAAACGGCCGAAAAUUGGAAAGAUUUGUCCAGUUGUAGAUAUUUACGGAAAGAAGACCAGGAAAUAACAAUAGAUGAUAUAUUUAGAAAGGAAUAGAAACACAACAAUUGUUUUUCUACUUGAGAGUGACUUGAAUUGUUCCCCAAAAGAAAAAAAAAGAAAAAAAAAAGCACUGCUGGCGAUUUUUUUGGGGCAAAAUCUCUCUCCUGCAAGAUGGCUCUUUUUGCGAAGCAGACAGAAACUUUUAGACAAAAAAAGAGAAAAAACAAAAAUCCCCUAAAUAACUUAGUGCUCGAGUUAUUUUGGUGAUCCUGUCAUCCAGUUUUCACUUAAAUGUCAAAACAAACCGUGUUUGGUGUAUUUAAACAAAUAACCCACAGCCAAGAAUUGCUUUCAUAGACAUGUUAAUAUAUAAUUGACAUUCAAACGUGUUUACAUAGAGAGAAGAAAGCACUCAAUAAAUACAGACAGUAAGACCCUCUGAUGACGUUUCUCUGACACUUGGCAUGCUGGAUGUCUGUACUGAAAUGGUCUCAACACGAGAGGAACUUAACAUAGGUUUGGAAUCGUCGCCUAAUUUCAAGUCCGCGUUCUCCUGAAUGUCUGUCGAUGGGAUAACGAGGAAAGUCUGCAAGUCUCGGUAUAGGAGAUCGUGCUUGUCGCCUACUUGUGAUUUCUGAUCAGGAAAAGGUUAAUCAAAGGUUUAUUUGCUAAUAUAAAUUUUUCAAAGAAAAACUUGAAGUUUUCCUCAUUGAAAAGGGA